AUGUCUUCUUCACCCUCGAGAGCCCCUUCGGAGGCGAAAAAGCGCCGUGAAAAGAGCUCCAAGAAGAGCAAGGAAGCAAAGCGCGAGUCACAUGGGUUGGCCGAGUCCGAAGCACCUGUCAUAAAGACCGAGACAGACGAUAACGGCGAAACUCAAUCCGCUUCGAAUCCGAAUCGAGGAAUGUUUGCGCGUUUCAUGAGACAAGAAGCCAGUGAACCUUCACGAGAAGAGCGAGCCGUCCUCAACCCCAACCUCAAACACCACGACCAAGAGGCGACGACUUCUGAGGUCGCAAAGACAGUUGUCCAGCAAAGUGUCUGUUCAAACACAGCUGGCAUCACUCAGUCUGCUCCACCAGAGAACAGCCAGAACACACCUGGUGCGGCCGAAUCCUCAAAUGAAUCAGACACAGUUGCGAAGGUGGAGGGCGAUCUACCUCAAGGAAUCGAAAGGGUUCAAGGCGAUUCCCCCCAAGAACCAGAUGGCGUUGACCAAAUGGAGAGUGUUGGUAAAACUGAAUCGCAAAAUGAUGCCAGUGCUGCCGUCCCACAGUUAUCAACUGGGCACAGCACGGCAGAUCCUCAGCAGGCUCAAAUCGAUGAUGAUUUGCCAAGACAGCUUCCUAACCAAGAAGAGAAGAGCGAAGUCAAAACCGAGGAAUCAGUCCAAGAUGGCAUCUCAGAAAAACAUGCUGGAACGUCAAAGAGUGGUGAAAUGAGAGAUGUUGAUCAAUCCACCGUCUCAGCUGACGCCAUAGCCACCCCGGAGAAAUCUCACAAGAAGAGCAGCAAGAAGCGCAAGCACAAGCAUUCCCGCAAACGAUCUAAAUCACGCGAGCGUUCAACAUCACACAAAAGAAGAAAAGAAUCCGAGACAUUCGUCCCUAACCAUCAACGAGAUCAAUCCGAAAGCAGUGGUGAUGAGGAAGAGUCGCAAAACGGGUUCGACGUCGAGCAAGCAAGGGCCAGAAUCCCCAAGGGAUGCAGCAUCCGGCAUGAAGCAGAGCAGAAAAAGGAGCUGAGAGAUGGGGAACAUAUUGCCAAAGGAAAGAAGUUUACAAAGAUAUUCCGCUCUACCCUCGAGGCUCACCAGCUGACCGCGCUGUCCUGGAUGGUGAACAGGGAGAAAGACAAGAUGCGGUCAGUUGAUGGGGGAAUACUAGCUGAUAAGAUGGGAAUGGGGAAAACGGUUACGAGCUUGGCAUGCAUUGCAGCUAAUAGGCCACCCAAGAAGGAUCGAAAGAUAUCCGCUCAGGCGACACUUGUUGUUGUGCCCAACAGAACAGUUGCCAAUCAGUGGCUAGCGGAAGCCAAGAGACAUUGGAAUGAAGAGGCAAGCUCGGCUGUUAUUCUCCAUACUGGCAACGACGAUGAUCACCUUUUGGCGCAAUAUGAGAGGCAAUUGAUCGUUCUUGCAACAUAUGCUCAAGUGCGAAAUUCUUUCCCGAAAGAAGAGGUUAUGGAAUCUCUACAUGCCCAAUACGCGGACGACCAGGAUAUGCUUAGGCAAGAGUUCAAGAGGCGAGCAAAGUUCUUGUUCCGUAUCAAAUGGUUCAGGGUAAUUUUCGAUGAGGGGCAUGCAGCUACGAAGUGGAACGGACGCACCUUGGAUGCAUGUACUCGCAUCCAGGCCAAGCACCGGUGGGUCUUGAGCGGCACUCCUGUUCAGAAUAAGCCAAUAGGUGAGGCCAAGAAUGAUGCGGAAAACGGUGGAAUUGGGAAUUGGAGAACUAAUCUGGCGUUGUCAGAGUUUUAUUCGUAUGCAAGUCUAGUCUGCUGCGAGUACCGAGGUCGCCGGCGAGUCUUCAGAAGUGAAUACAUUGUCAAGAAUGCCACAAAUGACGACUUUGACUCUCUCGCCAGCACUCUCAUGUAUCGAAGAACUGCAGAUGAGAAGCUCAACAUUCCGCCGACAAUUCAUCAAGAGGUAUAUAUCGAAGUUUCGCAAGAAGAGCAAAUGAUAUGCAAUGCCAUCGUUUCAUAUUUCAAGGAUCUUGAAGAGAAGCACAAGAAAGAUAAAGAGCGGGAAGGGAUGCCCAUAUUUGAAAACGAACAAGACGAAGACGAGGUGGAAGAUAUCAAGCCAGAGGAGCAAGGCGAAGAAGAAGACGAAGAAGAAGGAGAAGGCGUGGAGAAAAAGGGCAAAAAGUCCAAAAUCCGAGCAUCAAAGCAGUUGCGUCUUAGGCAGGCUCUGUCUCAUCCAUACUGCCUGGAGGGAAUUUUCCUGGGGAAUUAUCUCAGUGAAGAUGAGCUCAAGUCGCUCGCCUCGGAUUUGAAUUCGAUGAGCGACAAGAAGACAAUCAUUGAGCAGCUCGAAGCGGAUGAGAAUUGGGCAGAACAUCUCGGCCAAUACCAAAAGGGCCUUGAUAUACUCAAGUCUCACAAGGAAGCAUUCCUGGGCGGGGUUUUCGACAUGAGCAAGCUCAUGGACCUCAUCAUUCUCCAACGCACUGUCAAUGUACAGAAGUGUGGCGGCGCUGCUUGCGAAUCUCAGAAUCUCUCUCGUUUCAAGUGCGGCCACAUGUACUGCGAUCAAUGCUUGGGCCAGUUAACGAUACGGAGGAGCAGCUUGCCGGAAGCAGAGCGAUCAGGGGACCUCAAAUGCUCAUCCGAUGGCUGUGGUCAAGACCUCUCGUUUGUAGAGCGGGUGACUACUCUGGCACAGCUCGCCUCCGUGGUAAACAAGGACAAGAAUUAUGUCGAGAUUGGGAGAGAUUGGCUCAAAAAUACAGUCCAGGCGAGACAAGAGCGAUCUCAGUUUUUUAUUGCCAGCUCCUCCUUCUACGGACCACGGAUUGUCCCUCCACCGAGCUCGAGGCUCACGGCGACGAUGGCCGUCGUUAUGACUUGGCUGACCGAGGCACCCCAAGACAAAAUCAUCAUUUUUACGCAGUUUAUUACGACUCUCAAGGUGGUGGGCUAUCAGCUCGAGACUCUGGGUAUUAAAUUUGUGUACUAUUCUGGCGCCUCGACGAAGCAGAAGCAGGAACACGCAAUGCAUGCGUUCCGUAACGAUCCAGACACGAUGGUCAUGGUGUCCACUUUGAAAAGCGGCGGCCAGUCGCACAACCUGACUGUGGCGAACCGCGUCAUUAUCGUCGACCUUUGGUGGAACAAGGAGGCCGAGAAGCAGGCCAUCGGCCGCGUGGUCCGGAUAGGCCAGGAGAAGGAAACGUUUUCGGUGCGCAUCGUCACGAAGCACAGUAUGGAUGAUCGUGUGAUCAAAGUUCAGACGGGUAAGGAGGCAAUGGUGGCCCGAAUACUGCAAGAUGACGGACACAAACGAACAGAGGUUGACGAUGAACGCCUCGAACAGAUCUUUGAGCGAAAGGAAGGCGAGCAGUCAAGGUCGAGAAAGCGAAAGAGAAGAGAAGACCCGUUUGAAUCGAGGGGGGGCGAUGAUAUGGCAUUUUAA